AUGAGUCUGGCCAGCCUUCCAGUCAUAAAAAACCUGGUUUCUCGGUCCAGGCGAGAACGGGUGUCACUGACACCAGAUAUGAUUAGCCUUCCUCUAGGUGACUUCCGACACACUAUGCACGUGGGUAGAAAAGGUGAAGUCUUUGGAGAUACCUCAUUUCUCAGCAAUUGUCAUGAGAAACAAAGACAUAAUCGUUGGAGUUAUAUAACCAAGAAACUCCGCCAGGCUAGAUGGAUGUCACCUGAACCCCAAUCCCCAGGGCAUCCCACAUCACCUCCACCGCCUGUCUCCCCAUCAUUAAGAAUGCUGUGUCCUUGCCACUUCUCAACAAACGGAAUUGGGAUGAUGAAAGAGAUGGGAGCUCAGAAGAAGCUUGGAAUUGUAUCUCAGAGACAAGCAGCCCUUAUGGUCUGAAAUCUGGAUACUACACCAUGCCUCGACUUUCUAGCUCUGAGGAUCAGUCUGAGGAUACCAGCUCUCAGAAACCAGAUGAUGACUGGGCCAGCUCUGGGCUACCUGAUAGAGAGGAUGUCAGUGUCUGUACUGUUCCUGUGGAGCUUUCUAGCAGUCUGUGGCAUUGUGACUCCAUGCAGUCCUUGGUUAUGGACUUCGGACCUUCGCUUACCGAAAUCCUGGAAGGGAUUAGCUUCUAUGAUACUCCCAAGAAAACUGAGGGUGCCAGUGGUUUCAGCGAUCCAACCAUACCAACAGCCAAUGAUGACCCAUUUCAUUUUAACAUAGAUACUAACAUUGGUGCGAUGGAG